GCAGAAGCUGCGCGCGAGGUUGCCUCUCACCCUCCACGCUCCCCCCCCCCGCACCCGAGUCCACUCUCCCGCCUUUUGUCAGUUGCUCGCGCGCUCCCUCAGAACGGUGGCUGCUCCCUCGAGCCUCCCUCGUGCGCGCUGGAGGCGACUUUUCAGUUCGGACUCCGCGCCGACGCCUAGCCCAGCCCCGAAGAGGAAAGUCGUCGCAAAAGCGGAACGAAAAAAAAACCGGUUGGGGCUGCCCGGGCUUCGCCGAACCAGGAGGGCACGCCAGCUCUCUUUCGGAGACCGUUUGGGAGCGAAACAACCACCACCCGCCCGACGUCUCUUUCGCUUCCCUUCGCCAUGGGGCUCCCCCUGCUGCUGGGUCUGCUGCUUUCCGGAGGAUUCCAAGUUAUGUCCUUUGAGCAGCCAAACAACUGUCUAACAGCUGAGACCCUUUGUCUAGCUGAGCCUUCCUGCAGUACCAACUAUCAGAUCCUGCAAAACUGUUCCCAGCAUCUUUCUAAGAACGGUUACAUCUUUCUGUACCAUGAAGCCAAGGACAGAUGCACAGAGGCACAAAUAAAAAUGAGAAAUAGUCAUUUUCAGCACUGCAAAUGUCAUCAACGGGCACAGAAGAAGGAAGAGCGUUGCUUGCAAAUCUACCGGGCUGUUUAUUCAACUUUAACACAAGAUGACUUUCAUUUGGAGGUGCUUCCCCAUAGGGAUAUAGCAAACAAAGAAGCUGUGAAGAUAAAAUACAACAAGCUGGCAACUCGUGUUUCAGGUUCCCAUAGAACCAAAAAUAGGCCAAAUUCCUGUGUGCUUGCUGCUAAUACUUGCCAAUUGGACCACAAAUGCAUGCGUCAUCGCUCACAGUAUGCUCAGGCCUGCACUACAGGAUACCCCUGUGACCAACGCGCAUGUCACCGAAAUCUGAGAUACUUCUUUGAGAAGAUUGGUGUGGAAUUCACCAAAAGGCUCCUGUUUUGUCCUUGCCAAGAUGAAGCUUGUGGGGAACGACGCUGGCAAACCAUCGUCCCACAAUGUUCUUUCCUGAGCAGCAGCAAGCCCAAUUGCCUCCUCUUGCUGGACGCCUGCGUCAAGGAUAAUACCUGCAGAUCCCGGCUGGCUGGUUUCCAAGAAAAAUGCAAACCGUUACAGGCAUUAACAGAUAGCUGCUCUCCGCUGAAUUAUGCAGCAUGCCUGCAGGCUUACAUGAAGAUGAUUGGUACAUCUUUGACCCCCAAUUAUGUGAGCAAUUCCAGUACUGAAAUCACACUUUGGUGUUCCUGUACAAACAGUGGCAAUCAUAAAGAGGACUGUGAUCAAAUCCUUAACUUAUUUUCCAGCAACAAGUGUCUCAAUAAUGCGAUCCAAGCGCAGAUGAAUCUUGGCCAAAAGAAUAAGGACCAGCCGCAGUUCACCCCUUCCUUAGACAUUCAAGGAGAUGGCACCAGUACAAUGUUCACUGAAAAACUGUAUCAGGAACCUGAGGUGAAGGAGGAGAAGAAAGAUUCAGAAAUUCUUACCCUCAACCAAGAAUCACCCCCAAAUUCUGAAUAUCCCAGAGCUCAGUUUUCCUCACUCAUCUUGAUCUUAACCUUAGUCUUCUUAUUUCUUGGCCCACCUUAACCUAAUCUGAAUUUCAUUGCUACUAUUGUAUAUUUCCUUGAGAAGGGGAAACUGACUUGUUUCAUGCAGAGAGGAAGCAUUGGUCCCUGCAUAUUUGUUUAACCUUCUAUCAGCACAGUGGGCCUUUGACUCAUUUUUGUAUACAGUUGCAAUAGAAGCCAGUGGGAGAUGACGGGGAGUUCAGAUUACCUCCCCGCCCUGUGAAAAAGGCAAGCAGAUAGGAGAUUCUAGGGAACUAGUUUUUAAAAUCUAAAUCAGGGUAAAUUUUUUAUAUUCCAAGAUAUCCUCUUUAAGAAGACAAAGAAAAACUGGUUCAUCCUUAGUCUGUUAAAUGAUGUACAAUUUCUGGCCAAAGGAAAACCCCAACAUCUGGAUUAUUUUCAGGACUAUGUUGUAGAAUAGUCUUUUUUUUAAUCAGCCAAGGCAAAAAUGUUAUGUUAAGGGCAUGAUACUGAACUGUAGCCUCUGUACAUGGUUUCUUGUUUGACCAACUAAUCUUAAAAUGUUAACUGUUUAGGGGAAAUUUAAAUCACCUGAGCCAAGAUGGAUUUAUUUUUUUCAAUAAAAUGGAUCUUUCUUAGCAAUAGCUACAAAGUCCAGAUUUUCACAAGAGUCUGCAUGCAAGCUAAGAUUUUAUGCACCAACAGAUUCCUAGAUGCAUCAAAUGUUGUUUGCCAUAAGUUAGCAUUCCCUUACAUACCUUUCUGUACAUUGUGUAGAAUUAAAAAUUAUCCAUGAUCUGACAAUUGUGGAUGUAGAAACUGUGAUAUUAUAUGUUGUUCUUUUAAACUGCAAUGGUAUGUUGUUAAUGCUGUUUAUAGAUUACUUAUUUACAUUUCUUAUAUGGACACUGCCAUGAGAAACUUUCAAGUUUUGAAAGAACUAUCAAGAAAAUUCAGUAGUUCUUCACUGCAUCUCUUUCCUUCUUACUAUAAAGAACUGGAAUGUUGUGGCUGUGAAGUUGCCUGUCAUAUGUGCAAGGAUUAAGACUGUGCUGCAUUCCAUAGUGGUGGUUAUUCUAAAACAAAGUUGUAACACAACGUAUAAUUGUAAUAAUUCUCUACAUCUUAGCAUGUUGUGCACUUUUUUAUUGUGGCAUAGGUUUUGUCUUCUGAACAGUGAAGGAUGUGGAGCUUCAUCUUCAUUUACUGUAUAUUUAGUAUCAAAAAAUGAAGACCUUAUUUGCACAGAUUCCUACACCAUUCUGCAGUAACAAUGGCACCUAUUAUGGAAAUUAUAAAAGGAUUUGUCCCCUUUUUAAAUUUGCAAUUAUAUUUAUAAAAAAAAAUUGGAAGCAUGGCUUAUUUUUUAAAAAAGGCAAGAAAUUGUUAUCAGAAGGAAUAUAACAAUAUUAAAUCUUAACAAUUUUUAAAAACAAUUCUGACUGUAAAUAAAACAUUAGAACAUAUUAUAGACUGGAAUUAAGCAUUUGAACUUUUGUACAAAUUCUGAAGAUGGGGAGUUAUAGAAUUCAUUUAGGUAAAGUUAAUAAUUUUGCAAUAUUAGGAAUAGUCUACAAUUUCCAUUAAGAAGACAUGACAAAAAUGCAAAGUAUUGGAAAGCCCUAAAAUUAAACUUUGUAAUAAGUAAAAAGGUAAAGAUAAUUUUUAAAAAAUCAUAGCAUUGUUUUCCAUGAUUGACUUUCUGCAGUUAUUACAUUGAUAAUAAAUUAAUAAUAAAGUAGAAACAUGAUUAUGAAUACAGGAAAUGUAUACGAAUUGUACCUCUAGCUCUUGUAGAGCUAGAGGUACAAUUCGUAUACAUUUCCUGUAUUCAUAAUCAUGUUUCUACUUAUAUCUGUUAUCUUAUACAUGUUUGACAACCUAAAUAAAAUAAAAAACAGCACAAUUACAAAACUGAACAUCCAUAUUAUAAUGAAUUAAGAAACUAAGUUUUCAAGAGGGAUGUGGUGGCUCAGUGGCUAAGACGCUGAGUUUGUUGAUCGAAAGGUCGGCAGUUCAGCAGUUCGAAUCCCUAGUGCCACGUAACAGAGUGAGCUCCCAUUACUUGUCCCAGCUUCUGCCAACCUAGCAGCUCGAAAGCACAUAAAAAAUGCAAAUAGAAAAAUGGGGACCACCUUUGGUGGGAAGGUAACAGCAUUCCGUGCAUCUUUGGCGUUUAGUCAUGCUGGCUACAUGACCACAGAGAUGUCUUGGGACAGCGCUGGCUAUUCAGCUUUGAAACGGAGAUGAGCACCGCCCCCUAGAGUUGGGAACAACUAGCACAUAUGUGCAAGGGGAAUCUUUACCUUUACCUUAUAGGUUUUCAAGGGUGUGGUCCUGGUAUAGCAUAUACAUCAACAAAACUCUGAUAAACUUUCUUUUGUUCACUUGGGCUGCACAUUUAGGCUUCUCUCUCCUUCCCCUAGAUAGGAGGAGAAUGUCCCAAUCAAUCCAUAGGCCUCAUAUACCUAUGUAUAUGGUAAGUGGGAGAACAAGAUAUUGAAAGGUGUGGUAUUGCAACUAUCAAGGUCAAUGUUUAUCAACUGUGGCAACUUUUAAGUUUCAUGAAUUUCAACUUCCAGAAAUUCUAGUGACUGGAGAAUUCUGGGAAUUAAAGUUCAUAGAUCUUAAAGUUGCCAUGGUUCAGGAACAUUGGCCUGGGACAUACCAGUGAGCAUUUUCAGCUAAAGUAUUGUUCCUCCUCUAUUUACUUAUAUUGUUCUAAUACUUAUUUCAUAUUUCUUAUAUGGUUAUAUUGAUUUUAUUUCAUAUAAUAUUGAAUACAUCAACAAUUCCCAUGCCUCUCCUGAAAGGAGAAACUGCAGAACACUAGACAUUCCUAAAAUGUUAUCAAAUGUCUAUAGUAUAUUGUCUAGGUCUCUUGGCAAACAUAAAAGAAGUGAGAGUAUUCUGAAUUACUGUAAUAAAAAUUCCAAUAUCUUGUACGUGUGAUUCAGCUUAUAAUGUCAAAAAUAAAGUUUACUUUACAACUCA